GUGGUCUUGACUUUUGAGACGUGUUUGAAAGUUAUUUAGUGAUUCAUUCUUUAUAUGCUAUUCUCAAUCAAGGUUCCGUAGUAUUAAAAUUACAAAUUCUUUAACUUUGUUCGAAACUUCGUCCUCUUUUCCUCUUGUAGUUAAGAUUAACUUAAGGACAGCGGAGAACAUAAACAAAGGAACAUUUGCAAGAGUUUUUAACUAUCAAUGGCAUCAUCUCUCAAUCCGCCUACCCCAGAUAUUAAUGAAGUUCAAAAAAACUUCAACCAAACCGCCACUACUUGGAUAAUCAUCUCUGUUAUAUCGAGCUUGGUUGGGCUUGGAAUAAUUGGUUUUAUUGCUUAUAAAUGCACAAAGAAUGGCAGAAAAGUGAUUGUGGAAGAUUUACCAAUAGUGAUCGCUGCAUACAACAGGCCCCACAACACCAACGCGGUUCCGGUAUGGGAGGUUACUGCUCCCACCUUGGAGAAUUUCCUCCAAGAAAUGGCAAGGGACAAGCUGGUCAGAUUCACAGCACAACAGCUCUCUUCUUUCACAAAUAAUUACUCAACUAGGUUGGGUUCUGGAGGUUUUGGUGCUGUCUACAAGGGGUCAGUUUCCAAAUGGAGUAAGGAUUGCCGUCAAGGUUCUUACUAGAAGUCUAGACUAAAGAGCUGGUUCUGAACCAUUUGCAAAAAAUUCUUCAAAGUCUGGAUGUUGGUUUUUAGAGCUGGAGUAUACUAAGGAAAGAGGACCAAAA